UGAAUAAUAAAAGUUUCUAAAUCCCAUUCUCUAUCCCAAACACAUAUAGAUACAUUUUGUUUUGUAUAUAGAAAACUGAAAAUUAGGGUUAGGGUUUUACGUGAUUUUAGCUAUGGAGGUUGAAGAAGAAACCACCAUAAACCACCUCGAAGAACCACUGGCAGCAAUUGAAACAACAACAAGAACCGUACUCAAUGAAACCUCCAUAGAAAACAGAACCACUACCAGUACUGAUAACGAAUCUGAAAACAAAUCCAUAUCCGAAUCCAACAUUCAAGAAGAAGAUAACUCGCCUGUUCCCCUUCACAAAUCGGACGAUUCCGAACCCUUAAUCAUGGCAGCGGUUGCGGAAAAUGAUGCGGAUGCGGCUGUUUGUGGCGAGGAUACGGAUUUGCUGGCGGCAUUGAGCGGUGGUAGUGAUGACGUGGCAGCAGUGGAGUGUGGUGGUGAUGACGUGGCAGCGGUGGAGUGUGGUGGUGGUGGUGAUGACGUGGCAGCGGUCAGGGUUGACGGUGAGGGGAAUGGUGAUUCAGUGGAGGAAGUUAAUGGCGGUGAGAAUUCGGUUAUAUUGAAAGAUGGGAUUAAUGUUAAGGGAGAAAGUAUUGAUAAUGUUGAAGGAGAUGAAGCAAUUGUGGUUGUCGAAGAGGUUGUUAAGGAAGAAGAGGUGAUUGUGGCUAAAGAGGAAGGUGUUGGUGUUAAACAAGAUGAAUAUAAGGUUGAUGGUGUUUCAAAAAAUGAUGAGAAAGACGCUAUGGUGGAAGAUGAGGAGAAAUGUUUGGAUCCAGAAAUGAAGGCUGAACAAUCGUUGGAUACUGGAAUAGAAAUAGAGACCGAGAAGUCGUUGGAUACAGAAAUAGAGACUGAUAAACCGUUGGGUACGAAGAAGGAGAUCGAGAACUCGUUGGAUACAGAAAUAGAGACUGAUAAACCGUUGGGUACAGAAUUGGAGACUGAGAAAGCGUUUGAUACAGAGGAGACCGAGAAAUCAUUGGAUACGGAAAUACAGACUGAGAAAUCGUUCGAUACAGAGGAGACCAAGAAAUCACUGGUUACCGAAAUAGAGACUGAGAAAUCGUCCGACACAGAAAAGGAGACCGAGAAAUCAUUGGACACGGAAAUGGAGGCCGAGAAAUCAUUGGACACAGAAAUGGAGGCCGAGAAAUCAUUAGAUACGGAAAUGGAGGAUGAGAAAUCUUUGGAUGCGGAAAUGGAGAAUGAGAAAUCGAUGGAUACAGAAAUGGAGAAUGAGAAAGCAUUGGAUACAGAAAGGGAGAAUGAGAAAUCAAUGGAUACAGAAAUGGAGAAUGAGGAAGAAGCAAACUUAGCCGAUGAAGAGAAUGAGGACGUUCAAGAAGCAGAGAUUGAGACAGAAUCGUCUACAAAAGGCGGUGGAGGAAAACGGAAAAGAGGAGGCAAGACUUCAAAAGCUAAGCCAAGGAAGACCAUUGAGGAGGAUGUUUGCUUUAUUUGCUUUGAUGGUGGAGACCUUGUGCUGUGUGAUAGGAGGAAUUGCCCAAAAGCUUAUCAUCCUAACUGUGUUAACCGGGAUGAAGCUUUCUUCCAAUCUAAGGGUAGUUGGAAUUGUGGUUGGCACUUGUGCAGUCUCUGUGAGAAAAAGGCAGAGUACAUGUGUUAUACUUGCACAUAUUCUUUGUGCAAAGCAUGCACUAAAAAAGCUGUUAUAUUGUGUGUAAGAGAGAAAGAGAAGAAAGGCUUUUGUGAGCCUUGCAUGAGAGUUGUGAAACAAAUUGAAAUACCGGACAGUCAGGGAGAUUUGAACUUUGAUGACAAGGAUAGCUGGGAGCAUCUUUUUAAGGAUUAUUGGAUAGAAACAAAAGAAAAACAUAAUUUGUCGUUAGCUGAAAUUGAGCAAGCUAAGAACCCUUGUAAAGGAACCGGAAAACAAGAACCUGAUAUCAAAGAUGACAAUGAUUCAGGUUCAGACAAUCCUCCUGAAAUCAUAAAAACAAGAAAAAGCAAAAGAAACGCAAAAAAACAGAAGCCGAAUAAGGAAGAUGACUCUGUGGGGCCUGAGCCUGAAAACGCUGAGUGGGUAUCGAAAGAUCUAUUAGAAUUUGUGACCCACAUGAGAAACGGUGACAGCUCUGUCAUAUCUCAAUUUGAAGUACAAGACAUGUUGCUUGAAUACAUUAAACGAAACAAACUUCGUGAUCCUAACCAUAAGAGUCAAAUAAUUUGUGACGCAAGGCUUGAAAAUCUUUUUGGUAAACCACGUGUGGCGCAUAUUGAAAUGUUAAAGCUUCUAGAAUCUCACUUUCUUGCGAAAGAAGAGUCUCAGAUAGAUGAUUUUCAAGGGACUGUUGUUGAUACUGAAACUAGCCCGGUUGAUGAUAAAGACAAGAAACGUAAAGGGCGAAAGAAAAGUGACAAACGGGAUCCACAAUCCAACCGUGAAGAUUAUGCCGCAAUUGAUAAGCACAACAUUAGCUUGAUUUACUUGCGACGCAAGUUAGUGGAGGAUUUGCUUGAUGAUAUGGAAAGAUUUAAUGACAUCGUUGUUGGUACUUUUGUUAGAAUAAGAAUAUCCGGAGCUCAUCAGAAGCAGGACAUAUAUAGACUGGUGCAAGUUACAGGUACCAGUGAAGCAGCAUGGUAUACACUUAGCAAAAGGACAACACGUACAAUGCUUGAAAUCUUAAAUCUUGACAAAACCGAGACCAUAUCCAUCGAUAGCAUUUCAAACCAGGAUUUCAUGGAGGAUGAAUGCAAACGUCUGCGACAAAGUAUUAAGUGUGGGCUUAUAAGUAGACUGACUGUGGGAGACGUUCUGGACAAAGCCAUGGAACUUCAGGUCGUUAGAGUCAAUGAUUGGUUCGAAACAGAGACUGUUCGGCUUAAUCAUCUUCGUGAUCGAGCAAGUGAUCUAGGGCGUAAGAAGGAGCUUAGAGAAUGUGUAGAGAAGUUAAACGUGUUGAAGACACCCGAAGAACGUGCUCGCAGGCUGGAAGAGGUUCCGUUAGUACACGAUGAUCCUACUAUGGAUCCAGAAUACGGGUCUGAAGAUGACACCGACUCCGAUGAUAAGAAACAAGAUUUAUACACGAGAUCCGACAGUUUCAGAUCCAAUAGAAGAGGAAGGGAUCGGUUUUCCCCAAGAGGAAAUUACACUUCCAAAGAUUCUUGGAGUGGGACCCCUCGGAGUUCUUCAGGAAAAAGUCACGAAUUUACAGAAUCUUGGAGCGGGACCCCUCGUGGUUCUUCAGCCAAAAAUCAUGAAUUCACGGAAUCUUGGAGUGGGACCCCUAGGAGUUCAUCAGCCAAAAAUCACGAAUUCACAGAAUCUUGGAGUGGGACCCCACGAAGUUCUUCAAGCACCAAAUCUUUGUCAAAUAAGAGUUUCCCUAUCAAGGCAGAAGAUGCAACUACUUCUAGUUUCAAGGCGCAAAGGGAAAAUUCACGGGACCCAUCUGUGCAACAACCGAUUAUAUUAGAGAAGCCAAGUGUAGCUUCACCUUCAAUUGCAGCAGAAUCAGCUCCUAAAAUAAAUGAAACCGAGAAAAUGUGGCAUUACAAAGAUCCAUCUGAAAAAAUUCAAGGCCCGUUUUCGAUGGUACAGUUGCGCAAGUGGAGCAAAAACGGAUAUUUUCCUGUUGGGUUGAAAAUAUGGCGAAAAAGUGACAAGGAAGAUGACGGGAUUUUGUUAACUGAUGCGUUAGAAGGUAAGUCCACGGUUGUUGGCCCGAGAGCAAUAAAUCUAGAUGGUCAAAAUUUGAACCGUAAUCUUCCUUCUCCUACACCAAACAAAGUCAGUAUUGGUCAGACUGCAGAGCAAACGGGCCCACUUACGGGUCCGAGUCCACCUUUGAUUGCAUGUGCGAACAAAGAUGGUAAUUUAGCUGGGUUGCAAACGGGCCCACUUACGGGUCCUACAUUUCAAUCUCAUGAUCAUUCCACCAAUACUUCUGGGGUUGCGGUUCCCGAUGCACCACAAAAUAUUGUCCAGGGUGUUCAAAAUCCGGUUUCGGUUCAUUCUUCUCAAUUAGGUCAACUGGUGACGCCACUCGACAGUAAUAUGCAGCCGCAAAUGGUUCAGUCUGUAAGCGGUCAGAAUCCUCAGGGAUGGUCCCAGAAUAUGCAACCGAACCCGUCUAUGAAUAUGGCUGGACUACCACCUGUAAUGUAUAACCAGUGGACUGGUGUUCCAAACAUGGUUCAGAAUCCUGUUGGAAACUUCAUGCCAGCACCCCAAGAACCAUGGGCCCAACAGUUCCCGUUUCCCGUCAAUCAACAGACUAUGCAGCAGCAGCAGCUGCCACAACCGUUACAACCGAAUGUUAAUUGGGGUGCAAUGGCUGGGAAUCCAAACAUGGGCUGGGUCGGCCCGAAUGCUGGAAAUCCAAUGAAUUGGGUCCCCAUGGUCCCAGGCCCGCAGGUAACUGGAACAGUUGAUCCAACUUGGGCUAUGCAAGCGGGUUGGGUUCCUCAGCCCGCAGUUCAAGGGAUUAUGCCUAACCAAAGCUGGGUUGCGACUCCUACUCAAGGGCCGAUGGUUGCUGGAAAUGGGAACCCUAGUUGGGUUGGGCCCAUGCCACCUGGCACUAAUCAAGUAGCACCCACUGCUGGUUGGGUUGCGCCAAAUGUGAACCAAGUACCUACUGAUAUGAACAGCGGGUGGGUCGGUGGACCCGGGAAUCAAGGUGCACCGGUUCCAAACCAGGGUUGGGUUCCACCUCCUGGAACUCAAGGAGCACCACCGCCGCCACCUGGAAACCCGAACCAAAACUGGGGUCCACGGAACCGUGGCGGUAAUUGGGGUGGGAACAGGAACAGAGGAGGUUUUGGUUUCGGCGGUAGGAGGAGUUUUAAUAAGCCAGAAUCAUUCCAUGGAGAUGGUGGCUCAAACGAUAAAGACGACGACGGGCCGACCCAUAAAGAUAGUGGGUCGUUUCAUGGAGACGAUGCUAGAUCUUCUGACCAGUAGCUUGCCCGACUGCCCGUUUUAUGAUUAGGAUGUUGAAGAGUUUUGUUUAGGGCAGUUGAGAAGUGGUUGUACAGCAAUUUUUGAAUUAGACUUCACUUUUGGUACUUAUGUUAUAGAACUCUGUUUUUUUGCAGCUUUUGGACAUAAAAUUAAAGUGGGCGUUUUACUUUUA